AUGGAGCAGCUCAAGUUUGAGAGGAAACCCAUCCGGUCGUCGGUGACUCGAACCAUCAACCUGAUAGAGUCAGAGCUGACGAAAGAAACUCCGGAUCGUCACACCCUUCGAUGUCAAUUAGAGAAGUUGGAGGUGUUGCUGACAAGGAUCAACGAAGUAGAUAUCAAGAUUUUGAGUUCAAUGCGAGCCGACGGUUGUUCCGAAAAAGAAUACGAAGAAGAAAGUCUCAGCAUUGAAGAAUAUGAGGACAAGAUAAGGAACACGAAGGUGAAGGCUGAAGAAAUGUUUGUGCCAUCCUUCCAGCUGCCUGGAGGUUCUCAAAGUCCAACGAAUAGUGCUGCGUGGUACGACUCGGUGGGCACAUCGCUCAACGGAGAGUCAAAACGAAGAAACUUUAAACUGCCGAAGAUCCAAUUACGCAAAUUCAACGGUGAUAUGAAGGACUGGUUGAGUUGGUGGUCGCAGUUUAAGAAGAUCCACGAAGAUGACACACUGGCUGAUAGUGAUAAGUUCGACUAUUUGGUGCAGGGAAUGGUCAUCGGAUCCAGAGCAAGAGAUGUGGUGGACGUUUAUCCACACACUGAAGAAAAUUAUCCGAAGGCGAUAGCGGCACUUCAAGAGCGAUUUGGACAACCAAAGUUAUUGAAACAAUUGUACGUUCGAGAAUUAUUGAAGAUGGUGAUUCAAAACGCAAAGAGCAAAGAAGACUUCCAGUUGUGCAAAAUGUAUGACAAACUGGAAUCUCAUCUUAAGGCUUUGGAGUCCCUCAAUGUGUCCCACGAACAAAUGGCAGACUUUUUAUAUCCUAUGGUGGAGUCAAGCCUUCCCGAGGACCUCCUUGUGGCGUGGCAAAGAAGUUUGUUCUACGGACAUGACGGAUCCCAGUCAAAUCCACCCCAAAGUGAAUUGGACUUCCUCCUUAAGUUUCUCAAGAAAGAAGUUGAAAACGAGGGGCAGCGAUCUUUGGCCAAGAGUGGAUUUGAAACAGAUGAAAAGAAAAAGGAAGCUGUCAAGCAGAAGAAGACAUUUUCUAGAUUUCCCAAACCAGAAUAUGAAUCAGAUUAUCCUACUGGUGCGGGGCUAUUCAGUGGUCACUCAACGUCACAAUGUGUAUUUUGUAAGAAAUCUGGCCAUCAAAGUAGCGUGUGUCAUAAGGCCGGGAAUAUGACGCUAAAUGAGAAGAAAGAAGUGGUCAAGAAGAAUAAAUUGUGCUUGGUGUGUCUCAAGCCAGGACAUUUCGCUCGUGAUUGCACAUGCCAAUGGAACUGUGUUGCUUGCGAAGUCAAACAUUGCAAGGCGAUGUGUCCGCUCCGGUCAGUCGUGGAUAAAUCAAGUGAGCUUGAGGCAUCGUCAAGUGCCACUAGAACCUCCGCUGCCAAUUUCAACGUGGCCUGCCGAGGGGAUGUGUUGUUAAAGACUCUUGUUGUGAAAGCAUGUGGCCCCAAAGCCGUCACCAGUGUUCGACUUAUCUAUGAUGAAGGGAGCCAACUCAGCAAUUGUGGAGCUGCAACCAUCAGCCUGAUUGGAAGCAAGUGUAUUGGACAUGAAUGGGGGAGAAAUGUGUUGUUUGGCGGAGGAGUGACCGAUGUGAAGAAGAUCAAUAAAUAUGCUGUUGACCUGAAGUCCUUGGAUGGCCAUGUUAAGAAGACUCUUGUACUUCGGGAAGCUGCAAAGAUUUGCGGAAGUAUUCCAAGAGUACCAGCGGGACCAUGGAUUCAAGCCUUGCGUAAAAAGAAUAUCUGGUUGAGUGACUACCAAGAUUCUUAUGUUGAUAACCCGGAGAUCGAGGUUCUCAUUGACUACUGGGGACAGCUCGUUACCGGGAAGCAAGUGAAGUUGAGAUGUGGGUUAAUCGCAGUCGAGACCAUAUUCGGAUGGACUCUUAGUGGACCUGUUCCCAAUAUCAACACAAAUGACACCGUGGCUAUGUCGUGUAUUUCUUUGUUCCACGGCGAAGCAUCCGUUCAGUGCUUGUGGAAUCUGGACUCGAUCGGAAUUAAAGAUCCGGAAGAGCAUAAGUCGAAGCGAGAGAAUGAAGAAGAAACGAAACGACAUUUCUUGAGUACUGUUUCCAGAAAUAAAGAAGGGAGAUAUACUGUCACAUUACCAUGGAUAGAUGGAGCUCAGAAAAUUCCCGACAACAAGCUGGUUGCGGAGAAGAGACUAAUCGGAACAACAGCAAAAUUAAAAGCCAAUGGAAACUACAAAUUUUAUGAUCAGAUCUUUGUCGAUUGGGAAAAGGAGGGGAUCAUUGAGGCGGUAUCUGAAGAAGACAAUUCAACCUUGUGUCACUAUCUUCCACACCGAGCAGUAAUCAAAGAAGAGAGCCUUACAACCCCAGUGCGACCGGUUUUUGACGCUUCUUGCAAGGUUGGAAGAAAUCCCUCUCUCAAUGACUGUCUGGAGAAAGGCCCCAAUUUAUUGGAGCUGAUUCCAUCGUUACUACUACGGUUCCGAGAAAGAAAACUGGGCGUGAUAUCCGAUGUCAGGAAGGCGUUCCAGAUGAUUGAAGUGGCAGAAGCCGAUCGGGACUUCUUGAGAUUCCUGUGCCCCUUCCUACUUGGAGCUGUAAUUGAACUUCAUCUUGAGUCAGUAAAAGAAGAGUUACGGCCAAUAGCAACAGUUCUUUUGAAAUCUCUUUAUGUGGAUAAUUGUGUGACGUCGCUGGAUUCGAUUGAAGAAUAUGAAGAAUUCAGGACUCAUGCAACAUCAAUAAUGGCUGAUGCAAAAAUGGAGCUCCGCCAGUGGGAAAGAACGGCAGUAGAUGUUCCGGAUGCAAAGCAGCAAUUAACCCGUGUUCUCGGAUUAAAGUGGGAUAAAGUUCAAGACGAACUCUUUGUUGACAUCCCAAAAGUAGAACUUCAACUUCAAGGAAAAUUGACCAAGCGAGUCAUUCUGUCCUUGGUACAACAAAUAUUUGACCCGAUGGGAUAUUUGAGUCCGGCUACGCUAGUGCCAAAGUUGAUGCUACAGAAGACUUGGGAAAGCAAGAAAACCUGGGAUGAAGAUUUGGACGACACUUUGGACAUAAAGAGUGAAUUUGGAGAAUGGUGGAGGCAGACGUCAAUGCUAGCUGAGGUCAAGAUACCAAGAUGGGCAUUUCGUUCAGAACUGGUUAAAUCAGUACAGUUUCAUGUGUUCUCAGACGCCAGUGGGGCUGCCUAUGCUGCUGCAGUCUUCGUGAGAGUUGAAGAUCAGAAAGGGGUUACCGUACAACUCCUCCAAGCCAAGGCGAGAGUUGCUCCGCUUAAAAAGAUGACCAUUCCGCGAUUGGAACUGUUGGGAUGCACAAUAGCGGCCAGACUCCACAGUUCGGUGGUGGAAGCCUUAUCCAUGGAUGGAGUAGAGACAUACUUUUGGACGGAUUCUAUGACAGCCUUAUCUUGGAUUCAAAGGAAUAAUGAGUGGGGAACCUUUGUAGGCAACAGGGUAAAGGAGAUCUGUUCGCUAACCAAAGUGGAAAAUUGUAGACACGUCCCAGGCGUUAUGAAUCCUGCAGAUCUCCCUUCCAGGGGCUGCAACCCUGCCCAACUUCUCAAGUCUCGAUGGUGGGAGGGACCAACUUGGUUACGAGGAUCAUCUGAAACCUGGCCAUCAGGACAAGCAGAGGUGAAUGAAGAUGAAGUAUUAAAAGAAAAGAAGAAAAAUAUGACAACAGUCAAACUCGUCUCGACAUCUCAAGAGGCUCCGUGGUAUUUGAGAAGAUACUCGUCUUAUUACAUGAAUUGCAGCUUGGUGGGGUGGCUGGUGGGAGCGGCUGAUUGGGAGCAUCAAAGACUUGUUGAAAAGAGUUCUCAAAAUCGCAAGUUAACUCAGGAUCAACUUCACACUUCCCUGUGUCAAAUCGAAGCCGUGAUUAACGACCGGCCACUUACCUAUGUAACUGAGGAUCAAGAAGACCUGAUUCCUCUCACCCCUUCUAUGUUUCUACGAGAGAUUCAAGACGUAGAGUGCCCAGAAGUUGAAGAGUUGAGCGGUCAUCAACCUAGCGAAGACAAUAAAGCAAAGAAGAGUCUGAGGGAAGAGUUUCGUGUCCGUUUUCGAAAAGAAUACCUCAGUCAAUUGGUACAGCGAGGAAAACAGGAGAAAGUCCAUCCAUUCCAAGUUGGUGACUUGGUCCUCAUAGGCGACGACAACAAGAAAAGACUCAUGUGGGAUAUGGGACGAGUCAUCGAGCUGAUGGUGGGGCGUGAUGGAGAAAGUCGGGUGGCCAAAGUGAAGACCAUGCAUGGACAUCUUAUCCGACCACUGCAGCGAUUAUUCCCAUUGGAAAUCUCCAAUCCAAUCGAAGUUCCAGUGGUGACUCAAGAAGUAGAGAAAAUUACGCCUGUUACGAAGAUUCAGAAGAACGAGCAAGCCGGAGCUUUCAAGAAGUCGGUGAAAGUUAACGUGCCGAUUAAGACGUCGCGCUUUGGACGACUACUGAACGAGCCGUCCAGAUUUAGUGCUUCAAAGUGA